AAUCCGCGUGGCUGUCUUUCUCUGCUAGGCCGGCGCCUCGCUUCCUCUCCUCCCCCUCAGCGGUGCACCCGGCCGGGUGUAGGGAGUCCCCCGUUGCUCUCUCUACCUCCCUCCCCAACCGAGUGCUUUCGCUAGGCCGCCCCCUCCCUUCUCUCGCCCCUUUAGGAGGCCCGUUUCUUUCACUGGGAAGAAAGAAGGACGAGGAUUAUUUUUAUUUAUUCUCUGUUGAAAGCAUCGGCCGCCCAACUUCAGUGGACUCUGGGCAGCGCACAAUACUAGGGGGGAAAACAUAAAUAAUAAUAAUAAUAACGCCCCCAGUUUUUAGCUGCCAGUGUUGUCCUCCGCUUAAGGCAUAGCCGGGUCCUUUCAUUUCCAGUCGGCUUUCCCCAAACUGGGCCUCCCAGGGGUGUUGCAAAAGCCUCUUCCAGGUUACUUUCUCAGGGAUGACUCAGUUAGGUGCCAUUGCAGCUUUGGCUGCUAGCCUAGUAGCAGCUUCUCUUUUUUCUGCAAUACACAAGAUUGAAGAAGGGCACAUUGGUGUUUACUACAGAGGAGGAGCACUUCUGACAUCUACAAGUGGACCUGGUUUCCAUCUAAUGCUCCCCUUCAUAACUUCCUAUAAAUCAGUACAGACCACCUUACAAACAGAUGAAGUAAAGAAUGUUCCAUGUGGCACAAGCGGAGGAGUGAUGAUCUAUUUUGACAGAAUUGAGGUUGUGAACUUCCUGAUCCAAAGUGCAGUCUAUGAUAUAGUAAAGAACUAUACUGCAGAUUAUGAUAAGGCUCUCAUCUUCAACAAGAUCCACCAUGAGCUGAACCAGUUUUGCAGUGUUCACACACUUCAGGAAGUUUAUAUUGAAUUGUUUGAUCAGAUUGAUGAAAACCUAAAACUGGCUCUUCAACAAGAUCUGACAACCAUGGCUCCAGGACUCAUCAUACAGGCGGUCCGAGUUACAAAGCCAAACAUCCCAGAAACAAUUCGGAGAAAUUAUGAGCUCAUGGAGAGUGAAAAAACAAAAUUGUUGAUUGCAGCUCAGAAGCAGAAAGUUGUGGAGAAAGAGGCUGAAACAGAACGCAAAAAGGCGCUCAUUGAAGCAGAAAAAAUUGCCCAGGUGGCUGAGAUAACAUAUGGGCAGAAGGUGAUGGAAAAAGAAACAGAGAAAAGAAUAUCUGAGAUUGAAGAUGCCGCAUUCCUUGCCAGAGAAAAAGCGAAAGCAGAUGCUGAAUGUUACACGGCCUUGAAGAUAGCAGAAGCCAACAAGCUAAAACUGACCCCAGAAUACUUGCAGUUAAUGAAAUACAAAGCGAUUGCUUCCAACAGCAAAAUCUACUUUGGCAAAGAUAUACCCAACAUGUUUAUGGAUCACGCUGGGACUCCCACUAAGUUUUCUGAAGGACAGGCAGAGGAGCUAAGAGAUGAAAGUUGGCUGGAAACAGGGGAAGAUUUGUGAAGUCAUGAGCGGCCAGACGGACAGCACCACCCCUGUCUGAAUCCAUCCAAAAUGGCAUUUGGCUAUUUGAUGUGUGGUCUCUACCUUCCAGAAUGUGAAGAAGCACUGAGCCCACUAGGCCAGAAAGAAAAACACCCUCUCUGUUCUGAAAAGACAGCCUGAAGAAGCACUGCAACUCAGGCUUCUGACUUCAUCUUUCUUAGCAGUCAAGAUACACUGCCUUAUUGAUCUUCGUGCCGAUGGAGGGAGCAACAGUGAAUCAUGCUAAAAGAAGAGGCAGCAUGCCCAUGAUUGACUCUGCCUCCACUUCAAUAAGAUGAAGCAUGCUCAAUUUUAUUUCUGGAGCAAAAGAAACCUUUUCAUGUGAGAAACCCAACUAUUCCCUUAUACUUGUACAUAUACUACAGGUCAAGUCCACCAUGUAGGAUUUUUUUUUUUUUAAUUGAAAAAAGGGCUCACUCCCUCUUUUGGUAUUGGCAAAUUAGUCUUGAAAUAGCCCAACCUUAUUCCUUCUAGAAGUCUUGGGACUGCCAACUCCCCAGAAUGUAAGUUGUUGGGGUGACCGGGAAGUCCAUGAGUUACAGUCCCAACUCUUCUGAAGGGCAUAAGGUUCAGUAGACUAAUAUUUUUUUGGACAAUAUGUGAAUGAGCAGAUCAUCUCUGCAUGCUGAAUUAUUUGCAUUCAUGAGCAUCUUCUCCAGUAAUUGGAUUUCACUAGUCAUCAGUUGCAGCCUAUUCCUUCAAAAAUAAAGGUGCUAAUUUUGAAUUUUUUAAACAAGAAGUACACACACUACAGAUUAAAAGCCUUGGAAUGGAAACUUGGAGCAUUAAACAUUAACUAAAGAUAUGUCAGUUGGUGCUUAUUUCAAGAUCUGCAGAGCACAUCUAGACCCAAUGUCCACCUUCCUACCUAUAGAAAUUGGUUGGGACAGUCAUGGGACAAAUGUCAGGUGAGAUGGUUCUUUUGCCCUUACAUUAAAUGCAGCUUUUCCUGGAGAAGUGCUUGUCCUCUAUCUGGAAGUUCUUCUAUAAUAAUAUGCAGUUCAUAGAGGGAAUCAGUAGAGAAGCAUAACUUGAUUCUGGUUUUCAGAUUGUGGUCUGAAUGGACCUGCGUAACUACUGAUCCCAUAAUCUUAACACAAUCUACUAGCCAUGUCAUUGUUGUUCACUAGGUAAUUGGCAGCCUAUUUGCAGAACCCAGAUCUGACUGAUCAAGACUCAUCAUACAGGGCUGUAUUCUGGCUUGACUAGUCUCCAAGGGUGCAACAUCGGGGUCUCUCCUGUUCCACUGCUUUAUGGAUAAAAUACACACAUCCAGCAUUUCUAUAUUCUAGAAGGCUGCCCUUUGAAGUGAUCCACAAGUAGGUGAAAUAGUUUGGGAAGUGAUUCUUAACACUGAUUUUUUCUGAGGACAGCCCAGCAAGCAGAAAUCCGAAACACCAAGCUGCAUCCGAAUCCCUCCUUCAGCAACCAAUGAUGUCUCAAAUGGUGCCCUCAGUGACUGUAAAUCCCAAGAUGCUUAUUCCAUUAGGUGUGUAUCUUCCAUUAAGGAAGGGGGGGGGGGUGUUGCAUGUGGUUCUAGAAAUGGCUUGCUCCAAAAACCAGAUUGAGAGAACUUUCUGUCCGUCCCCCCCCUCAAACAGAAGGACUUUUUCAUUCUUCUUGUUGGCCUGUGCUAUUUAUUUUGCAUAGGCUAGUGUUUCUUAGCCUAAGCAACUUUACGAAGUAUGGACUUCAACUCUCUGAAUUCCUAGCCAGCCAUGAUGGCUGGUUGGGGAAUGCUGGAAGUUGAAGUCCACAUGUCUUUAAGUGGUAAAGAUUGAGACAUCGUAGACGAAUAGGGCAUCCUGCCAAAAUUUUCUGUUCUAAACCCCAAGAUCCUGGUACUUGGAUAAGAACCCUUUUAGGGCUGAAAUCCUAUUUGUAAUCCAAACAGUCUGUAACAAAGGCCUUUUUACCUCCUUGUAGUAGGGGAAGCAUUUUUUUUUUAAAAAAAAUCACUAAUCAAUGUUUGCUGAUUGAAUAGCUGGUGUAUCAGUAGCAUACAUUUUCCUGCUUUUAAGCUGCAGCAAGUAGGGCUAUAAUAUCUUGUAAGUGGCAGGACCAAGAACCCCAGACCUCUUAGGUGAUGAUACUCAAAAGACUUUUAUCAUCUUAGUCUAAUCCGUGCCUCCCACUAUAAGAUCAGUGCUCAGUAGCCACAAGGCCUGAAUAAGCCCUCUUGCUAAAUCAUCUUUUGUGUCUGUUCCAUGUGUUAAGAAUGCAAACUUUCCUAGAUCCUUUUUAAAGUAUGCUUUGCCUAUGCUGGACAAAGACCAAGUAGAAAAACUUUCUAUUUGCUUCUUGUUCUCUUUCCUUUUCUGAUUUUUUUCAAACAACCUGGUCAAUUUUCAGUUGUCAUCAAGUGAAAUGUCCUGUACCUUUCUCCAAAUACCCUAGUGAAAAAUCUCUCUUGUUCAAUUUUGUUCCAUCACCUAAUUGAGAGGGUGAUCGUUAUGGCAUGCUGGGUUUUAAACUUCAUGGGAGAUUUCUGUCAGUCUGAUUACAGUCCUUGCUCUUGAAGUGUGACUUGAAGUGGGAGAGGGAUGUUUCCAUUUUAACAUUUUUCUCAUCAUGCAAGAGGGAUUGAGAUGAGCCUCUUUAUAAAAUGGGGGCUACUAUUCGGAAUCCAUGGCCUGCAAACUAAAUAAAGGGAAUCUCAGGCGCUUUGCCACAUGUGCCUUAAAUUUCAAAUGAGCUUUUCCUUAGCCCAGGGGUGUCCAACCUUGGCAACAUGAAGACCAUGCUGGCUGGGAUUUCUGGGAGUUGAAGUCCACAACUCUUAACAUUGUCAAGGUUGGACGCCUUAGCCUAUUCCUUCCCUUGCAGUUGCUUUCUUCCACGCGUCUUCAUUGUCUAAAGCUGAGCUAAUGUAAUGAACAUCCAGAGUUCCUCUGAAGUGAAGGAAGCUGUAUGGAGAACAUCUGUCUGUUUCACUAAAAUAUUAUACUAACCUUUGGAGUAAUACAUUUUUAAUAUAGAAGCAUUCAGUCAUGUGAACCCUCACCCUUCAAUUGACAAGGAUACAGUUGAUGUACUUGUUUCCCAUUCUGUGUUAGAAUUUGGCCUUUACUUGCAGUUGAAUUAAACAGUGCUUAUGUACAACACAAUAUAGGCUAUAGGGAAAGUGGAGCAGAAGAAGCAUCAAGUGUACUUCCCUUUGUGUGACUUGUUGUGUACGAAUAAAGGCUUAUGAGAAUUAUGGCAUCAUUAUCCCCAAAUUCAUGGGGAGAAGCCCAUUAAAUGUGCUAUUGGUUUCCACACAGUGCAUUGUUCUGAAUUGGGGCUGCUUGUUGAAAUCUCUAGAACUGCAAUAACAUCAAGAGUGUAGGAUGUUUUUUUUUCCUAUUCUGGUUUAAAGACUAUCUCACACCGUAUAACCAUGAUGGCGAACCUAUGGCACGUGUGCCAGAGGUGGCACGCAGAGCCCUUUCUGUGGGUAAGCACGCCAUCACCAGCUGCUCUUCUGGUUUCCAGCACACAUAUGUGCACUGGCCAGCUGGUCUUUGUGGGCGCUGGAGUGCCUGAAAAUGGCCCCAAAACAGGCAAUUUUGGGGGUGUUUUCCAGGCUGUUUUUUGGGUCAAAAACGGCCCUGAAAAUGGCAAAAAGCUGUCUGAAAACGGCCCGGAAAAUGACUUGAAAACAGCCCAAAAAUGGUCUGAAAAUGGCCCCAAAACAGGCAUGUGCACCAGCCAGCUGGUCUUCAGGUUUCUGGCGCACGCGCGCACACGUGCAUUCACGCAUGUUACGGUUUGGGUACUCUGUGCCGAAAAGGUUCACCAUCACUGCCUUAUAAAGAAACUUGGCAUUCUUCCAUGGCUGAUAAAUGCAAGUCCUAAAGCAUUAGGUCCUUUAGCAUGUGGCUUUGUAAUGUAUUCCUCUAUUCUUCAAAGAAGUCCAUUUCUCACUAAGACAAAACAAGAAAGGAAUUGUUUCUUUAAGGGUGAACCCAAGCUGAAGCUAUAUCGAAUCUAAUUCUAAAAAUAUUGGGACCUUAAUGAGCCCAAGCCAAAGUUUUGACAGUGAAAUGUGCAGUACAAGAUUUGUUUUCCUCAUUUUGAUAUUGUCCAGUGUUAGGAAACAGAGAUCCAACACAUCUGGAGGUCAUGGAAGGAGUAUACCACAUGGAAUUUGACUGGGCUGGAGAGGGUAUAUUAGAAAAUGUAUUUCCCUUCAUAGAUGUUCUCUUCUAUCACACUGCCCAGUGUCCAUCCUCCAUUGCCACCUGAGCUUUCAGCAGCAGCUGCAAAAGAUUGAUGUGGCUGCUAUAGGACAAUUAAUUGGCAACAGGUUGUCACUAGCCAAAAUUUAUCUAGAUUCUGUUCAUAUCAAAAAAUACUGUAGUCAAAAUCAUGUUGAUAUUUAAGUCUGCACUUCUGGGUUCAGCCAUGUUCUUGUUUAUUUGUAUAAGCUUGUUUUCAUGUAGACGUCACAGAUUUUUCCUUGUCAAUUGAAAAUACAGAAAGUUUGAAACAAAUAGUUCAGAAAUGGUAUGAUAAAAUAGCUUAGGUACUAAAAUGGCUCUCUAACCAUUUGUCUUAAUUUCUGAAUUGUACAGUUGAAUUUCAUUGCCUGAGUUAUAUCCAAUUUUGCAAUAGAAGAAAGCUGCUAUUUUUUGAACUUUCUUCCUACUACAGUUUGCAGAAACAAUUAUGCGUGCACUGGAAUAUAAAAAUAAACUUAAUAAGCAUUCACAUAAGAUUUAUGGGAGCAGUGACAUUUGAUUUUUUUUUUCUUCAUGUAUAAAAGAUUAAGAUUUGUUUCUCUUUUGCUCAAGCUCUUUAAACUAGCAAAUACUAAAUUCCAGCAAAGCCAAAGUACAUUAUGUGACUUUUUAUAUAACACUGAUGUAAAAAUAUGGUUUAGAAAAAAUCUUUAGGAUUUUUUAAAUAUAUGGAUUAACUAAAUGAAACUUUAAAAUUCUUUUCAAUUUUUUUUAAAAAGCAGCAUUCCUUAAUUAAGAUGUGGGUGAUUUUUCCUGAUAAUUCAAUUCUGUCCAGCCCAUUAGGUACUAGAAAUAUUGAUUUUUGUGUAUGUGUGAAAGAGAAUGUGCAUGCAAGAGAGAGCUGCUUUGUUAAAAUGAGCCUUUCUCAACUGCUCACUGUUUGGGUUCUGAACAACUAAUUUUUCUAUUUUAUUUUGUAUUAUCGUUGAACAAAGUAACACUUACUUUCUGUAUGCAAGGAUGUGAAAAAGAACUUUUAUGCUUCAAAUGAGCUCUCUAUAGGAGGCAAUCAAUGAAUGUUGCUCAUUCAUGUUUUGGGACAUCUGCCAUUCCGCCAUGCUGCUGUGUUUCUAAUCUGUUGGAUUGUUUCCUUAGAAAAUUGUGUAUUAAAUUGCUGGUACAUUUUGAUAUUUAUUGUAAUGACUCAAUAAAAAUGUUCUUUGCUUUUAGAAUAAGUACACCCUAA